UAACCUUACUUCUAGCAGGGACGGAGAGUAAAGCUGAAGGUGCAAGGUGUAAAAGACAUAAACACGGAGGCGUAUUCAUGAGGUCUAACCACGCCUCCGUUAGACUGCGCUUCCGUGUUUACACACCCACAAAAAUAGGAGACUCCAGCGGCCGUCGGGCGGCUGUUUACCGAGCAAGCAGAGUAGCAGUGAGGAAAGUGACAGCCACACGGGAGGCUCGGUGUAUGGUGAAAGACAGGUGAUUUCAGCUUCCACGGUCGCAUUUUAAAGCGUAAUGUUCACUCGAAGGGGGCAUGGAGACGUCAAGAAAUCUACACAGAAAGUUCUGGACCCAAAGAAGGAUGUGUUUACCCGGUUCAAACACCUCCGGACUCUGUUAGAUAUCAUUGACAAGAGUGAGUUGAAGACAUUCUUUGAGAGCAACAGUUCUCAGAUUUAUUUUAUCUUCUAUGAAAAUUUCAUUACACUGGAAAGCAACUUAAAACAAAAAGGGAACAAAUCUCAAAGGGAGGAGCUGGACUCUAUCCUCUUUAUUUUUGAAAAAAUCCUGCAGAAUCUGCCUGAGAAGAUCUACAACAGAUGGCAGUUUCACAGUAUAGGUUCUAUUCUCAAAAAGCUUCUGCACACUGGAAAUUCAUUCAAAAUUCGCUGUGAGGGGAUCCGUCUCUUCCUGCUGUGGCUGCAGGCCCUAAGGGACCACUGUGCAGAGGAGCAGUUCCUCAUCUUUGCCUGUCUGGUGCCAGGAUUCCCCGCUGUGCCCUCCUCCAGAGGGCCGUGCACCCUCGACACCAUCAUUUACAACCCUUUCUCCAACCCCCCAGAUGCCAAGGUGGUGCCUGAGGAGAUCACCCCACUGGUUCCAGCUGUGGCAGGUGAAAAAGCUGCAGAUGACCUGACCUGUUUUAUCCUAGAAAUACUGCUUAAGUACAUGGUCAUCCAGGCAUCCAGUUUAGAAUGGAAGAACAAAGAGAACCAGGACACAGGCUUCAGGUUUCUCUUCACCCUGUUCAAGAAGUACUACCUUCCACACUUAUUUCCCUCCUUCACCAAGCUCACAAACCUCUACAAGCCUUUAUUAGACCUCCCCCACCACAGACCAAAACCCUUGUAUGUGCCAGUGACACGGAACAAUGAGAGCACCUUCUGCACAAGGGAUCAGUACCUAGCACCUCGUGUGGCCUUCAUCACCUGGCUUGUCACUUUCUUCCUGGAGAAGAAGUACAUCAGCAGUGCUGCUUCAGCGCAGAGCGCAAAGAACGGCACCGAGGUCAUUCCCAAACUCAUCCAGACUGUCACUGCAGGCAGUAGCAGCCAGGAGAAGGAUAAGACAUCAGAUGGGGACGCAAACGGACCAGCGGGGGAGCCUGAGAAGAGCCACUCCAACAGUAGCACCCUGUCAGAUCGACGAGCCAGCGAUUCCAGUUUGUGUAGCGUUGAGGAGGAGCACCGCCAUGUUUAUGACAUGGUGCAGUCCAUUCUGCUCUCCACCCGGGACAAUGUGAACUUCGUCAACGAGAUCUUCCACCAGGCUUUCUUGUUGCCAUCCUGUGAGGCUUCUGCAACCAGGAAGGUCAUCAAAGUGUACAGGAAGUGGCUCCUGCAGGAGAAACCAUCUUUCAUGGCAGAGCCCGACAGAACCGCUCGGGAAGAUGAAGUGGACGAAUGCUCCGAACAGAUUAUCAGCACCGAGACAAAUAACAUGCACGUGCAAAUGAUGGAGAGUCACAGUCACAAGCGGUCGUCCAGCUGGGGUAGGACCUACUCGUUCAGCAGUGCCAUCAAUCAGGGCUUCAUCACCGAGGAGGAGAACAGGAACAUUAAAGCCGGCAUCCAGCCAACACUACAGGUGUUUCUGACCAGUUCAUCCAACGUGUUUCUGUUGGAGCCAUGCCAGGAUGUACCAAAACUCCUGGAAAAUCAGGUUGAGGUGUGCAAGGGUGUUCUUAGCAUCUAUCGGCAUAUGAUCAUGGAGCACUCCAUGAAUACACAGACGUGGGAGCAGAUGUUGCAGGUACUACUGAGAAUCACAGAGGCUGUGAUGAAGAGGCCACAGGACAACCAAAGAAAAGACAGCUUUGCUGAAAGUUUAGCAUCUUUGCUUUUUAGGACCAUCAUUGUGGCGUGGGUACGAGCCAACCUGUGCGUAUUUAUCUCCCGGGAGCUUUGGGAUGAGCUGCUGGCAGUGCUGUCCUCUCUUACCUGCUGGGAGGAGCUGGUGACAGAAUGGGCCAGCAUCAUGGACUCGCUUACGGCUGUGCUGGCACGCUCCGUUUAUGGCCUGGACAUGGCCAACCUGCCUCUGGACAAACUCAGUGAACAGAAGGAGAAGAAGCAGAGAGGACGUGGAGUGAUCCAGGACUCUCAGAAGGCAGCAGCAGUUGCACGCUCAUUCUCCCUGAGCUGGAGGAAUCAUGGGGAACAGGGCGGGCCACCAGUACAGGAGCCCAUGAGGACUCGCUCAGCCACUACUUCAGGAGCACCGGGUGUGGAGAAGGCCCGGAACAAUGUCCGACAGAAGGCCUCUGCUAAGCGAAGCCAGUCCAUCAGCAACUGUGUUCAUCUAUACGAGGCUUUGCCCACUACUAAAAGUGUUCCUAUGCUGCUCCACACUGUGAGCUCUUUCUUGCCUGGUAUCUCUUCUGGUAACUCUGCUUGCUCUCACAGACUCUCAGAUGUGGAGGAGUGUCAGCUGUCAGAGUGUGGGGGAGAGGAGGAGCUGGGAGGCAGAGACAGUCCUCUGCCGCGUAGCAGCAGCACCUCAGACAUCACCCAACAGCUGUCUGAGACCUUACCAGUCCAGCAGAGAGAGUACUCUCCUACUUCCUGUGGUUCUGAUAGCAGGAUGUCUGAGGGCAGGACUGAGAGCAGUGAACCACCUGUGAUCCUCAUCCGACGGACCAGCAGCUCAGCUGAGACAGAGUGCAAUACUGAGGGACACGCAAACUACACGAGGCCCAAGCUCAGAGAGAAAAGUGAGAGUGUUAGUAGCGAGACGUCCAAUGGCUACCUCAAUGAGGCUGAAGUUACCUGGCAGACGUUUGAUGAGGAAGCCGAUAAUCAGUCCACGCAGUCGGCACACAUGGACGUAACAGUUGAUCCUCAGAGCCAGGGGAGUCUGCUGCUCAGCCAUAAUGAAGCUUUAGCAGGUCCUGAGUGUGCUCUCCCUACCCACUCCGCAUCCCCGUCCUACCACCACAACCACCAAAACCACUACCACUACCCCCAGAAUCCCCCCGCUUCACCAGCCCUGCUGGUGCACACAGAGUGCCCACGGGAUUGCCCCCUGGACGACACCAUGCAUCAGUCUGUCUUACACAUGCCACACCACUUGGAUAGCAGCGAGUUUCUGGCUGAUGAUGUCAGCAUCAUUGCCGGUGGGACUCUGACUGGCUGGCAUGCUGAUUCAGCCUUCGUCCUGUGGAGGAGAAUUUUGGGUAUCUUGGGAGAUGUCAACAAUAUCCGCUGCCCCAAAAUCCAUGCCAAGGUCUUCUCCUAUCUCUAUGAGCUGUGGCACAAGCUGGCCAAGAUUCGGGACAAUCUUGGGAUUAGUGUGGACAACCAGUCUUCUCCGCCCCAACCUGCCUUCAUCCCACCUCUUCGAAUGCUUGCGUCCUGGCUUUUCAGGGCCACCAUGCUGCCUGCAGAGUACAAGGCUGGAAAACUGCAGGCCUUCAAGCUGAUCUGUGAGAUGAUGACCAGGCACCAGGAUGUGCUCCCCAACAGUGAUUUCCUGGUGCACCUUUACCACAUCAUGCACAAGGGCUUCAUGAGCGAUGACCCGGAUGUUUUGAACACCAUCAUCCGCUCCUGCUCUCCUCGAUUCUUCUUCCUCGGCCUGCCGGGCUUCACAAUGCUGAUUGGAGAUUUCAUCGCUGCUGCUGCCUGCGUCCUCACCUCUGGCUCCUCAGAGGCUCCGAGGGUGGAAGCUCAGACGAUCCUGGGCUCCCUCGUGUGUUUCCCAAACCUCUACCUCCAGAUUCCUAUACUGCACCGUGUGCCUGGCUCUGAUGACAUCAGUGUGAGCAAUGAGGAUAUCAAGAAUUACUUGGUCAACAUCCUGCUGGAGACGGCAACGAAGGAGCACUAUGAAGGGGCGAGGUGCAUUGCUGUGUGCAGCCUGGGUCUGUGGGUGUGUGAGGAGCUAAUGCAAAAGAACAUCCACCCCCAGGUUAAAGAUGCCAUCAAUGUUUUGGGAGUGACACUAAAGUUUGGGAACAAAGCAGUGGCGCAGGUAGCCUGUGACGUCUUUCAGCUGCUCAUCUCUCACUGGGAGCAUCUCCAGAGGUUGGAGCCCACAUUCCCAAAGAAAAUUAUUGAGAUCUUUGUGGCCACAAUAGCCUUUUUGUUGCCGAGCGCAGAGCACUCAACGGUGGAAGCGGACAAAAAGUUGAUGGUAUCGCUUCUGCUUUGCCUGUUGGACUGGUGCAUGGCUGUUCCCUUGAGUCUGCUGCUUGAGCCUAUCACCAUGCCGUCACUGGAGGACCACACAGCCCACAAGGCCCCGCUUCUGGACUACAUCUACAGGGUGCUGCACUGCUGUGUGGCUGGGUCCAACCUGCACACCCAGCAGAGCCACUAUCUGCUCACCCUGUCUGACUUGUCCAGUGACUAUGACCUCAUGCUGGGUCAGGUUAAGCGUUGCGAGCCACCCCCGUCACAGACACCCACCAUGGACUUAGGCAACCUACUCACUGUGGCUGAGGAAAAGCGUCGCCGCAACAUGGAGCUGAUCCCGCUGACGGCACGGAUGGUCAUGACACACCUUGUGAACCAUUUGGGCCAUCAUCCCCUGAGCGGCGGCCCCGCUCUCCUCCACAGCCUCGUGAGCGAAAAUCAUGACAACCCAUACGUGGAGUCGUCCGAGCUGUCCUCCGAGGUCUUCAAAAGCCCCAACCUGCAGCUUUUUGUCUUCAACGACAGCACGCUGGUGUCCUACCUGCAAAUCCCUGCCGAGACUCCCACCGUUGGAGAGUCCCUGCACACUUCCUCCCAAGUACGCGUCAUUGUCCGGGACAUCUCGGGCAAGUACUCGUGGGAUGGUGCCAUCCUCUACUGCACCGCACAUGAAGACUUUGAUGUGGGAGCCUUUAAACCAGUUGACCCUUCCCUUUCUGCAGCCACUGCAGUCAGCCACAGCAGCAACCCGCCCCCCUCCCCAGUAGCAGGACCGCACAAGCGUCAUUGCUCAGGCUCCGAUUGCCUCUCAAACUCUUGCGAGGAGGAUGAGUUUGAUGUUCUCGAUAAGCUUUUGGAGGACCUCGGACACAGCAGCCCAGAAUGUCUUCCCCAGCCACGACUUAAGCUUAACCAGCCGGCCGCGUCACCACACGGAAUGAACCUAGAGCAAGAGAACGCCAUCCUGGAAGCCAUUCAUCGUCAGACUCAGCAGGAGGAGGAGCAAGUGAGGAGGUGGGAGGCUGAUGUAAGCUUUCGGGCUGACUGCCAGAGCGAACCGUCCCACCAGGAACCAAAAGCUCCUUUUUACUUCUGCCGGCUGCUGCUUAAUGAUCUUGGGAUGAACUCUUGGGAUCGCAGGAAAAGCUUCCAUUUGCUGAAGAAAAACUCUAAACUCUUACGGGAACUGAAGAACUUGGACUCCAGGCAGUGCCGAGAGACGCACAAGAUUGCUGUGUUCUACAUUGGAGAAGGCCAAGAAGACAAGUGCUCCAUUUUGUCUAAUAGCACAGGAAGCCAGGACUAUGAAGACUUUGUAUCUGGACUGGGAUGGGAGGUGGACCUAGCCACGCACUGUGGCUUUAUGGGCGGGCUCCAGAGGAAUGGCAGCACAGGUCUAACGGCUCCUUAUUAUGCUACCUCCACUGUGGAAGUAAUUUUCCACGUCUCAACGCGUAUGCCAUCUGAUUCUGAUGACUCCCUCACCAAAAAGCUGCGUCACCUGGGAAACGAUGAGGUGCACAUAGUGUGGUCCGAGCACACCAGGGACUACCGGCGCGGCAUCAUCCCAACUGACUUUGGAGAUGUGCUGAUAGUCAUCUACCCAAUGAAGAAACACAUGUAUUUCAUCCAGAUCAUGAAGAAACCACAGGUUCCCUUCUUUGGCCCUCUGUUUAAUGGCGCUAUCGUCACUGGAAUGCUGCUGCCAAGUUUAGUACGGGCUACCUGUAUCAAUGCCAGCAGAGCUGUCAAGUCCCGGCUGACUCUCUACCAGAGCUUCUAUGAGGAGCGGGCACUCUACUUGGAGGCCAUUGUUCAGAACCAUAGAGAGGUCAUGACCUUUGAAGACUUUGCCUCACAGGUUUUCUCCCCCUCCCCUGGAUAUCCAAUGAGUGGGACAGCCCACGCUCACUGAUGAAUAUCAAACGACGGGCCCAGGCUCUUCUUCAAACACUUUCUCCACUUCUUCCUGCCCCACUCACGCUACUUUGUACAUCUCCUUUUUUUUUUUUUUUUUUCAAACCGUAUCCUUCCAUGCAAUUACUUUCCUAUGAAUAUAAGCAGCCUUUUAAAUGGCAGUUGCAGGGUGUGUGUCUUUGUGUAUGUCUUCAUGAGCUCAUUCACCAACACUUAAGAGAUCCGACCAACAAACAGCAGCUCUCGGAUGUCAGCACAGCACUCUUAUCAGCCUGUGAUGAAUAGAAUGGAAAACGUGUCUUAUCUUGUUCUUCCUACUUGUACCAGCACCGAUCGAUCUGCGCCAGCACUGAAAUCAAUACAGGAUUGCACUUUUACACUCUAUUGGAUCUCGACACACGUUCUGUUUUGACAAGAAAAGCACUCCACAGCACCACUCCGCAGACGUCGUGUCAUUAUCGAAUCUGUCAGAGCUUAUGUUUUGAACGAGGUUUACCGUGUAUGCUGUAUUUUUGUGCCAUAUGUGGGCAUGUGAAAAUUAACUGUCUACUUUUUCUUUCUUUUUUGUUGGAAUUGGCCUGUCUUAUGUCUGUGUCGGACUUCAGAUGUUCAGGUGUGAUAUUCAGGCAGGCGGGAGGUGGUGAGAAACAUUACCAUACUGCUGGGUAGGGGUGUAAAGUUUACCUCCUCCAUCCUCGGUGCUGAACAAGCGUGCAGGGGCAUAUAGAAAAACAGGAGUGAAAAUCAGAGAGAAUUAUUUUUAAUUGCUCAAAGCAGCUGAUGCUGACGAGUAUUUCAGUCGCGGGUUGUUUUGACCACCUUCAGGUGAAAAACGUUCGGUACCCGAAACACUGCUUCCAAUCUUAGGAUCAUGAUUUAACUAUGUAUUAGAAUUUAGCUAUGGGAAAUCAUAAACGGUGGAGGAAGAUUAUUGUUGCAGAUUAUUUUGGAAGAGCCCCAAAUGACUGUUGACCCAGCGAACAGAGUUAAAGGGUUCCCAGAUUGCUUUGGAUCUGGUCUGAGAAAGGUUAGCUAGAACUGAGAAUAAUGUUUCACAGCAUGGGACGUGUGCUGCAGCCAAUGCAUGAAGCUCAGAAGUAUAAUGAAGUCUGCAAGGUCAUUGUGUCAGCCUCCCACUGAGCAGCAAUAUCCCAUUUCUCCAGAAACUGUGCAAACAGGCCAACAGAAUAAUACAAGGAUAUGCACAAAGGUGUUGUUUAAACUUGCAUAAAAAUACUACAAUACAGUAGGUUUUUCUUACAGAACUGUGCAGAAGUCUUUAGAUUUUGUAUGCCUAAGCUAAAAUAAUUCUAAUAAUUGGUAUGACUGCUUUUAUUAUUGAACACAGCCUGAACUCUGUUGGGCACUUUCUUGUAAUUUCUUUAAGUAGUCCACAGAAAACGUUCUCCAGGCCUCCUGAUGGACAUCCAAAGCUCUUCUUUGGAUGUUUCUGCAUUUUUUUUUUUCUGUUCUCUGUCAUGAUGAUCCCACACUGCCUCAGUAAUGCUGAGGUGCGGCUCUGGGGAGGCCAGUCCAUGACUGAUGGUGUGGUUUUUGUUUGAUUUUUCUCUUCGGGUAUGCUUUUACUGCGCCGUAAAGCUGUUGUUUUACCAGAUUGUUUUGUGACAGGCAACCAAUUUAAAAUCCUAAAGGCAUGAUUUAAAGUUGGUUAUUACUAAGUUUCUUGUUAUGUGUAAACACAACACUGUGUUUACAGUGAUUCGUAGGUCACUAUGUGACUUAUAGUUUGUAUUGUAUUUGCUACGUCUGGCGAAAUAUUAAGCAAUGAGAGGUAAAUGAAGACUUUUGUGUAGCACUUUAUGAGGUUUUGGAUAUUGCAUGUGGAAUACACUCAGAAUACGAGUCAUUUUCAGGCUUCCACUAGGAAUAAACCAGCCUAUCAAAAUUAAAGUUGAGAUUAAAAUAAAAUCCAUUUUAAAUAGGCUUUCUAAAGUUAGAUUAUUUCUUCGGUCACUGUCGGUGAAAUCCAGGAAUUAAUGACAUUGUAGAUGCUACAACCAGUACACACUCUUUUUGUCAUUAGCAACAACUCUCACAAUUUCAUGCGUUUCAUUUGUCAACUGCAUUUGCUGUAUUUCAAAAAGUACGAUACGUGUGACGCUUCAGGUCUAAUGCAUCUCACCAGGCUUAGAGCUUGAAUGUGUCUGUGAUGGCUGGCUGAUGUUGCUCCUCAUUCUUUUCAAAUGUGCUACCACUCUCACUCUCCUAUGCUUUUCCUUUGUGCAGGAUUGUGUGUGUGUGUGUGUGUGUGUGUGUGUGUCUGUUUAUACACAAGUUUGUCUAUCCAUCUGUCUGUUCGCCCAUCCUGCUCUGCCUCUCAUUGCUGCCACUAACAUGUCACUCAUGCUCCAUGACAGCGUGCAGGCGUUGGCCGGGGAUGGUUUGGGACAUGGAGUACCCCUGGGCCAAACUGGACUGUAAGACUCUGCCUGCUUCCUCCAUACUAGGCAUGACGCCCGGCAUCGGCUUGCUAACA